AAAAAAAAAAAAUGUAGUAUGAUAUAAAUUGUGUCUUUUUUCCUUUUAUUUACCGUAACGCCAUUAUAACCGUCACAUCAAUAUCUUCAAUUCAAUUAUUAAUAACAAAAUGUCUCCCCCACAAUCUUUUGAAGAAGAUUUGGCCUUUUCGAAGACAUUACAUAACCAUGAAUCUGAACAUGGUGGUUUACUUGCAAAAAUUACUUCAAAGGACAAGGAAGCCUUUGAAAAUGUUGUUAAUAAUUAUAUGAAAUAUUGGGUCGACAAAGAUCCUAUGACGGAAAGUGAAGAAACGAAGGAAGCUAGACGUUCCAAUUAUACUAAUAUGACCAAUGCUUAUUAUAAUAUUGCCACUGAUUUUUAUGAGUAUGGUUGGGGCGAAAGUUUUCACUUUUGUCGGUUUUAUCCUGGUGAAAACUUUUACCAAGCUAUUGCGCGUCAUGAACAUUAUUUAGCUGUGCAAUUGAACAUUAAGUCAGGAAUGAAAGUCUUGGAUGUUGGUUGUGGUGUUGGUGGACCUGCACGUGAAAUUUGCCAAUUUAGCGGAGCUCAUAUUACCGGUAUAAAUAAUAAUGAUUAUCAAAUUAGCCGUGCAAUUCGAUCGGCGGCCAGAAUAGGGCUAGAGAACAAGACAAACUUUAUUAAAGGUAAUUUUAUGGAAAUGCCAUUUGAAGAUAAUAGUUUUGAUGCGGUCUAUGCAAUUGAAGCCACAUGUCAUGCACCUAAGUUGGAAGGAGUUUAUGGAGAAGUAUUUCGUGUUCUAAAACCUGGUGGUACCUUUGCAUUUUAUGAAUGGUGUGUAACUGAUAAAUAUGAUCCAAACGACCCUGAACACAGAAGAAUUAUACGUGGCGUUGAGUAUGCUGACGGUAUUCCAGAAUUGUUUAAAACUUCAGUUGCAUUACAAUCUUUAAAAAAUGUUGGAUUUGAAGUUGUUUCUGCCGAGGAUAUGGCUUUAAAUGAUGAUACUAUUCCUUGGUAUUAUCCAUUAGAAGGCGAUAUUAGGAAGGCUCAAUGUCUUUGGGAUUAUUUUAGCGUUUUUCGUAUGACGCACUUUGGCAAAUUUUGUACUAGAGCUUUGGUUGGAGGAUUAGAAAAAGUUGGUAUAGCUCCAGCAGGCUCUUUUCAAACUCAAAUCGUACUUGAAACUGCAGGCGAUUGUUUAGUUGAAGGCGGUAAAUUAGGAAUCUUUACUCCAAUGUAUUUAAUGGUUGGCAGGAAACCACAGAAUUAAAAGAAUAUUUCUUAUUUUUUAAGAAAAUUGUAUUUUUAUAUUUAUUUAAUAAUAAAAUAAAAUCACUAUUUACCACAAAUUGGUGAUCGACUA